AUGGAGGAUGACGCGCCAGCGGUGGGUGUAGCGGGCAACGAGAAGGUAGACAUCUCCUCCACGUUGUCUUCAUCUUCGGCAUCUUCAUCCACGAGGUCACGACCUACGUGGGGCAAGGUUAUGCGGCAGACGUGGGCGCGCACCUCGAGCCGACGGCUCAACUCGAAAUCGAGCACCGCCCCCGCGACGGCCGCAGGGGGACCUGGUGGUGGGCUGUCGAAGAGCGCCCCCGAGAAGGAUGACGAGGACGAAGACAAGAAAAGAUCGAAAGCGAAGAAGGAAAGAACGAAAACGACGAAGAAAACGCGAAUCCGAAUCGACAAGGCCGCCGAAGAGCGAAGGGCGUUGACGAGCGACUUUUCAUCUUCCUCCUCUUCAUCCUGCGCAUCUCCAUCUCCUUCCUACAUCUCCUCGUCUUCUUCGUCGUACUCGCGCUAUGGGACCUUCGCGCAGUCGGCUUCCGCCACGCUCACCGCUGCCGGCAGCGCCCGAGGCCCGCGCGGCCGGUUCGGCUACGAGUCUCUCCGUGCGGGUCGUAUCGCCCCGCUUGCCGCCUCUGGUCCCUGGUACGCUCCUACCCUGCUUGUGGACGAGGAGGUGUCGUGGGUGAUCGACGAACGACGGCUGCGCAAGGUGAGCGGCGGGAUCGUACGGAAGGAGGAGCCCAGCGGAAAACAGCGGAAGGCGCCGUGCGCCGUGGCUGGGAAGGAUCGCGACAGCGUUGCUCGACGGGAUCGAGUCGCGGGCGGGGAGAAGGAGAAGGCGAAGGCGGAGAGCGUGGAAGAGGAAGAAAGCGAAGAAGCGGAGCCAGAGGCGGUGGGAGAGGAUGCAGCGGAGGAGAAGGGAGCCUUCGACUUGCUGUGUGCGUACUAUCCGCACUCGCUGGCCUCGCUAACGAGCCUCACCACUAAGAAGGGGAAGGAAAAGAGCGAAAGAGAAAGCGACGACGAGAGCGAGAGCGAAAGCGACAGAUACAAGAUCGUCAAGGCGAAGGGCACCGGGGUAGAGGAGACGAAGAACGUGACGAUCGCGAGCGAAGACGAUAACGAGCGCGAAGGUGGGAAGGAGAAGAAGAACGAAGCCAGCAAUGGCAAGCGGCCGAGGAGGAAGCGGCGAGCAGUCUCGGCCAAGCGAAACGACGAGGGCCGGCUGCUGCGGUUGCGCGCCAAGCUGUGCAAGAGCGGAGAUAUUCUCCUGUGCAUGCGCAGAGAGCGCAGCUACGACGGCGACGGCGACAACGACGGAUCGGGCGAUGGCGGUGGUGCGUCGACGCCCGAAUCCUCGCCGGAGCUGCAGGGCAGGGACGGCCGCGGGCGCAGGGCCGACGGGGAGGGCCAGGCCCAGACCGACGCUGCCGCCACGCUGGAGGCCAAGACGAAGAAAUCGUCCACGCCCAGAAAGGAGGAGAAGGAGUCGGAGGCCGAGCGCGCGAUGGAAAGGGAGAUGGAGGAGUUGUGGAAGCGGGCGAGCAAGCCGCGACGCUGCAGCGAACCGUUUGCCUUCCCCUCGCGACGAUCGCGCGGCAAGGCGCGCCGCGCGGACGGCGACGAAGCCGUCGGUGGCGACGGUGGCAGUGGCUCACGCGAUCGCUCGAACACGAUCAGUUCGUUCGUGCUGGCGUUCGAGGAGCGCAAGGAUCUGAGCCAGCUCGCCCGCGAGCGCGACCAGGAGAAGUCCGAGCGCAAGAGUCGCUGGCGCGCCUACUCCUUCAUCACUCCUCGCCGCAACCGCAACGGCAGCAACGCCCAACCUGCGGCGCUGGCGACACCCUCAUCAUCGUCUUCAUCAUCUGCACUGCCGCAGGACAGCCCGGCCGCCGCCGGCGUCGUGCAGGGCCGCCAGCGCAGCUCUUCGCUGGGCGCCCCACGGCCGAACCUCAACCUUAUCGAGCAGCCUCUGCGUCAAGCGCGAAGCCUGAGCGACGACGAGGGCGAAUCGGGCAGACUGGACGAUGACGAUGACAUCUACGGCGGCGGCGCGGCCAACACGUUCGUCGAUCUCGACAACCGGCCGCGGCCGCACCAGCAGCUCCUCCUGCACCAGCAGCAGCUCAAGGCCCAGCGCGACCGGCGACGGCGCGAACGCGAGGCGGCCGAGCGCAAGGAGGAGGACGAGCGCCCGCACGAGACCACGAGAGACAACGGCAACAAGAGCGAAGGCAGCGCCAAGCCCAGCUGGCGCAACCUCAAGCUCCUCUUCUCCAGCGAGCGGUGA